AUGGAAAACAUUUUAACAUCCAAUCCGCCUAACAGUGGAUCACUAUACUUCAACUAUAAAAAAACAUUCUCAGUUGUGCUUAUGGCGUUAGUUGAUGCCAAUUAUAAUUUUACAAUUGUCAAUGUUGGUUCUUAUGGAAAGAAUAGUGAUGGAGGAAUUUUUGCUAACUCUAAUCUGGGAAAAGAACUUCAAAGAAAAAACUUGUCUUUGCCUGCUUCGUAUCGACCAGGCAGUUCAACAGCUCCUUAUGUUCUUGUAGGAGAUGAAGCUUUCCCUCUCAAAACUUAUUUAAUGCGACCGUAUCCAGGGACCAAUUUGAGCACCGAUAAGCGAAUUUUCAACUAUCGUUUAUCUCGUGCAAGGAGGGUAGUAGAAAACACAUUUGGACAGUUGACAUCAAAAUUCCGAAUUUGUAAUAGACGCAUUCAUGCUUUACCAAAAAAUUUUGAUAAUAUAAUACUUUCUAUGUGUAUUCUUCAUAAUUUUAUUAAAAAAUAUGACAAAGAAACAAAUUUGUUUGCAGAAGUUGCAACUCUUGCAGCAUACGACGAUUUACCAGCUGUCGGUUUAAAUGCUUCAAUAGAGGCUUUUUAUGUAAGCGAUACGUUCAAAUCUUAUUUUAUUUCUCCAGCUGGCGCAGUGCCUUGGCAAAACAAUAGAAUUUAA